AUGCCUCUUGAUCUCGCUAGUUUCGAUUCCGCUGCUGCACGCGUCGAUCUCUCCUAUAAGCAUCGCGACAGUGCUGAUCCCGCCAUCGACCUUAAGCAGGUGGUGUUACGCCUUGAUCAACCAUUCUCCAAUCGCGACUUGAGCAUCACCACAUCCAUCCAGCCCCAUGACGGCAAAUCUCUUCCUUCAGGGCGUUUGCUCAACAUCACUAUUACAGCCUUGAAGCCUAUUGAGCUUGUUCAUUUUGAAGCAAAGUAUCUUGUUGAUUUGGAUGGACAACGCAUGCUUGCCAACGGCUUCCAGAGCUGGAGUCAAGCUCGUGAAUAUGAAGCGCAUGAUCGCAUUCCAGCUAUUCGAUCCUCGGUGGCCUAUUGGACUCAAUACAACUUGCAGGGUGAUUAUGACUUUUUUCCACACUCUGGUGAGAAAGGCCAUAUCCAUUCCAGCAGCUAUACCCAUUUCCGCGACGUCCAAAACAACGUGCGAUUCUUUGGAUCACUUUCAGAGCAUCUUGGAUACACCUACUUUAAGGCCGAUUUCAACCAGAAUACUUUGGGCAUUUACAAGGAUAUCCUCGGCAAGCAUGUUGACACCAAUCAAUCCCUCGAAUUAGUACGCGUCUUGUUGGCUGAGGGCAAGGAUGCUGAGCGGGCGUUGUGGGAUUUAUACGCGAGCUUCUUUCCGGAUCGUCGAGCCCUUUCUGGUGACAUGCAUCAUCUACGACAUGUCAAUGGAUGGACAUCGUGGUACAAUUAUUAUGGCGACGUGAGUGAAUCCAUUGUGUUACAAAACCUCAAGGCUCUGCAAAAGCACCAAUACCCCAUCAACAUUUUCCAAAUCGAUGAUGGCUUUCAGACGGCGAUUGGUGAUUGGCUUUCCAUCAAUGACAAGUUUCCCAACAAACUUAAGCCUGUGGCGGAUCAAAUCAAUGCGGCUGGAUUUACCCCUGGAUUAUGGCUCGCUCCUUAUGCUGUUGCCUUUACAAGCAAGCUCGCUGCCGAUCACCCAGAUUGGUUGAUCCAAGAUCCAACGACCGGUAAGCCUGUUGUUGCAGGUCCUAAUUGGGGCGGAUUCUAUGGCUUGGACAUGUAUCAUCCAGAAGCACGUGCCUAUCUCAAAAAGGUCUUUGACACCGUAUUACGUGAAUGGGGAUUUGGUAUGGUCAAGCUUGACUUUUUAUUUGCUGCUGCCAUGAUUCCACGAUUGGGACGCUCUCGUGGUGAGAUUAUGUGGGAUGCUAUGCAAUUUGUACGUGACUUGGCAGGACCCGAUAAAUUGGUGCUUGGAUGUGGUGUUCCUUUGGCAUGUGCAUGGCGUAAUGCUGAUUAUUGCCGUAUUGGUUCAGAUGUGGCUCCUUGGUGGGAAGAUAGCAAGCUCAAGUACCUCCAUGUACGAGAACGUGUAUCGACAGCAAAUUCAUUGAGAUCCACACUAAGUCGAUGGCCCAUGUCUGAUCGUAUGUUUGGCAACGACCCUGAUGUGAUGAUUCUUCGUGACAACAAGAACAAGCUCAACCUUGAGGAACGAUACACGCUAUGUGUGCUCAACAAUAUUUUGGGUGCGCUCGUCUUCAGCUCAGACAAUGUGGAUGAAUACGGUGAGGAUGAGCAUUUGCUAUACAAGGCAACAUUCCCCAAAGUGAUUGCAUUGGUGGACCGAGUGAUCGAAUUCCAACCUGGCGUAUUCACGAUUCAAUUCAAGGCCAAUGAUUUGGGUGGUAUGGCUCGAGAGUACACAACAAUUGCCAAUUUGUCUCGUGAUGAUAAGACUGUAUACCUACCUCCUUCCUCGAAUACGACGCAUUUGCUCUUUGCCGCCGACAAUCAAAUCCACACGAGUCGCUUUGGUACCAAUGGUGGCGGUUUAUCGUCAUGGCGUGAGAAACCAUUCCCUCUCUUUUAUCAUCCAUCAUCCACCAUCACUAUCAAGAGUCAUGAAACCAAGACCUUUAUGCACAUUCCACCUCCUCAGUCUUCGGGUGUUCUUUUCAUGGGAUCCACGAGCCAUAUUGUCCCUGGUGCAGAAAUUGAGCAUUUAUCAUGCAAAGAUGGCACUUCAGUUGAUCUCCGAUUCCACAAGCAAAACACCCGCAAACAUAUGGUUUAUUUGGCCAUGGGUGAUUACCUCUUUGGUGCCAAAACACCAGCAGCACCUGUUCCAUCAUGCACUGUCAAUGGUGAAAACCCCAAAUUUGAAAUGAUGCAGGUCAAUGGAUCGGGUGAAGGUCGACCACCUAGCAAAGUGCUUGUUGCUGUUGUCUCCGAUAAUGCAUAG